AGGUUAACUUCCGGUUCAGCCCGUCGACAGCUCCAGUUUAGCUCUCCAUAACAGAAAAGCCAUAACAGACAACAUCUUUACGAAAUGGAUAUACUAAAAGCCGAGAUUGCAAGGAAAAGGAAACUUAUCGAAGAAAAAGAGCUGGUUAACGAAUCCAAAAAAUGCUUUAAAAGGUCUGAUCUUGCACGCAAGGAAAAAGAAGAAUACUUUAAACGAUGCGGAUACAAGGUUCAGACAGAGACUCCUAAGAACCAGAUUGAUAAUACCGAGGAAAAUGAGCCGUCCACGUCAGCCAAUCCGGUGUUGGAGCUUGAAUUAACGGAGGAGAAGCUGCCAAUGACUCUGUCACGACAGGAGGUAAUCCGACGGCUUCGAGAGCGAGGGGAACCGAUCAGAUUGUUUGGAGAAUCUGAUUACGACGCCUUCCAGAGACUCAGAAAAAUUGAGAUCUUGACCCCAGAAGUAAACAAGGGUUUGAGGAAUGACCUGAAAGCAGCCAUGGACAAGAUCGACCAGCAGUACCUGAAUGAGAUCGUUGGAGGAACAGAGGCAGGGGAACCUGACACGCAGCACGACCUGAAAGUUCACGAAGAGAACACCACCAUAGAAGAGCUCGAGGCUCUCGGAAAAACCUUGGGUACAGGGGAUGAUAGUGGAGAUCAGGAUGUCAUCGCCAAAUUUCUAAAGUUCCUUCUGGGCGUUUGGGCCAAAGAUCUGAACAGCCGAGAGGACCACGUGAAGCGCAGCGUUCAGGGAAAGGUAGCCAGUGCAACGCAUAAGCAGACGGAGUCUUACCUUGAGCCCCUCUUUAAAAAGCUCAGGAAGAAGAAUUUACCACCUGACAUCAAAGAGUCAAUCACAGACAUCAUUAAAUUCAUGUUGGAGAGGGAAUAUGUUCAGGCAAAUGACGCGUACCUACAGAUGGCUAUCGGCAAUGCUCCCUGGCCCAUCGGUGUCACCAUGGUGGGCAUCCACGCUCGUACUGGACGUGAAAAGAUCUUCUCCAAACACGUGGCCCACGUUCUUAAUGACGAGACACAGAGAAAGUAUAUUCAGGGUCUGAAGAGGCUAAUGACUAUCUGCCAGAAACACUUCACAACGGUUCCUUCUAAGUGUGUGGAGUACAACGCUCUUUAACGUGGAAAUUUUCUCUGGCCCACUCGGCCAAACAUUUUGAGUUCUUUUCACAGCAGCUCGUUCGUUUUUGUCAUGACUGAAUAUCAGUGGAUUCAGGAAAUUUUUCUGAAACAUGUUUCCUACUUUUAUGGAAAAUACACCAGUUAAAACAUGAUUUGAGCGAGAAGAGGUCAACAAUAUAUGGGCAAAAUUUAUACGUUUUGAAAUGUAACACACAACACAUUUUGACUUUUGCAUUUUUUUUUUCUUUUGGAAUGGGAAGAUAACAUUUGAAUUUAGUGCAGCAUAUGUUUUCAGUGAGUUAUGUUGAUUUGGUGUUACAGGAAAAGUACAUUUGUAAAGCUUAGUGGGAGUAGUGUAAGUUUUAUUACACUUGAGAUAUUAAAUGAAUGUGUAACAUUUUCUACUGGUUAAUCUCUAUGUACAUUUUGAACAAAUACAAAAUCUCGCCAGUGUAUAACGACCUUCUCAAUUAGAGAAUAAAGUUUAGUUAUUUGACAUCAUCCAUCAGUGCUUUAUUUCCUUUUUGAGAUAAAUUCUGAGAGAAAAGACUCAGUUGUCUUCUACAGCAGAGCUGCUGAAUGGGAUUAUUUUUAGCCACGAACAUGUGUUUAGUCAAUAUGAAUCAUGUGACUGUAAACACAACCAAAGACUCCACCUCAAGUUGCUCUACUACCUGGGAAUUUAGGAGUAAUACUUUUAACCAGAUUUGAUUAAAGUAAAGAAAAUCAGUAUUCUUUUGUUUUGUUUUCAGGAUGACUCGAUAAAAAUUCUAAGACUCAUUCAGGCAGAAAGUAACAAUUUGCAACGACUGAUUGCUAAUAGAAGGCCUUUUAGUAGUUUUUGUUCAGACGGUAGCAUCCAACGUCAUACGCUGACCUUAUUACUCUGUAACCAUGGCGAUGUGAUCUGCUCCUUGUGGUGAUAGUAUGUUCUUGGCUGCCUCAGACCACGUCAUCGCAGUUACAGUCUGUCGGCUCUGGACACGUAACCAGAGGCUCAUCUGGGCAGGUUGACAGCUGGCAUUGCAGAUAUAAGAAGCUGGUGUUGGAUUUUUCUCUCAACUCCCCCUCCCUUUCUUCCAGUCAAACCACAACUGGGACCGCAUUUCCUCUUUUGCAGUCACAGUGGAUGGGCAUUUGACGUAAAUAAACUGCCUUAUCUGAGGUCAGCUCAUUGAGCUGUGAAGGCUUUCACCCACCUGUCCUUGGGUUAGCGUAAGCUGAAUAUUUUGGCUUCUUUCCAGUGUAAUCUGAUGUGUCAGUGUUUAUUCAUGAUGUUUGUUAAUGCCUUGAAAUGUCCAAUAAAAAGUUGUUCACUGGAA